UAGCAAACCAGAAGAAAAGCUUAGCAUUGAAGUGGUUGAUUGAUACAAAUAUAUUUUGUGAAAUUACUUAAUAUUCCCCUUAACCGUCAAUUCACAGCAUUUUUUUCCUCUAAGAUUUAUCAGUUUCCCGAGUUCGAUUCCAAUCUCAUUAUUUAAUUACUACAUGAUCAUAUAAAGGCCGCCGGAAGAUGUCCAAUUGAUUGAAGAGAGGAGGAUCUUAAUAUACGAUUGCAGGAAAAAUGGGAGAAGAAGACUCACGAUCAUACUUGGCUUCAUAUUGGAGUUCGUACAAAGCAUACUGGAUCGAGAGAUUCAAGAAUCUCGACAAGUACAAGCAGAUUUACUCCAGAGACAAACCCCUUCCCAAAUGGACCGAAGCUGAUGUGGAGGAGUUUGUCCAAUCAGAUCCUGUCUAUGGCCCUCAGCUGCAACUGACGAGAGAAGCUGCGAAGAUAUCUGCCGCUGGGAGCUUGGUCGGGGCAGUUUCGACGGCUGGGGUUGCAAUGAAGUAUUCCAAAAACGGAUUAGGAACUUUAUUAUCUUUUGGGGCAGGAGCUGCUUUUGGUUGGGUUUUUGGAAAGGAAGUUGCAAACCAUACUCUUCAGUUGUACAAGUUUGACACCAUGGAUGCCCAGAUAAAAUUCUUUAAUUGGUGGGAAAAGAAAACUGAAGGCCGGUCUUAAAUUGUUUGGUUGAAAACUGUUGUAUUGACAAUAAACCAUAAAGGUUCGGUUCAACAAUAUCUAUUGUGUAUUCUGGUUGUUUCAACUAGAAUUGUGUGCAUGGUAAUGAUUCCACUUUGGCUAGAUCAGUUACAUGAAGUUCUCUCUAAUAAAAAUGUGUCAAUUAAUUGGGUAAGAGGUACAAGGAACUUAUGUGAUAUAACUUUCUGCUGGACAAAAACAGUGUACCGCAUUUGAGCUUUUAUGAAAGAUCCCAGUACCAUUGUUUUUC